AUGGCGGCGUUUCACGGUUCCAGUAAGGUCGUUGACCAUCUGAAGGGUGUUCGUGAUUUGUCUUGGAAGCAAUCGCAGGCUUGCGGUAGUGCGGGGCCCCGCUUCAAUGACAUACGGACCGAUCUUCGCGGCCUGUACUGCGACCUCCAAGACCUCGAGGAAGAGCUUACCGAUCCAAAGACCUUCUUCAAACGCUGCGACCAUCAUACUGAAGUCGAACUUCGCGAGUUGCUCGAAGAGUGUGUGGAAGACCUCCGUGAAAUCGAGGACUUCAUCAAUGCUCUCCCAUCACAGAAGCGUACUUCGAUCCAAACCUUGGAUGGGGAAGUGUCGGAACUGCAGAAGAAGAUAUGCGAUCGUAGGAACUCCUUCCAGGACUUUCAGGAGCAGGCAACCACGACAGCGUUGGAGACCAUGAAGGCCCAGCUUUACACACUGGUGGACGAUAUCCUUUCUAAGCGAAGGCCGCCGUUCAUUCUGACCAAAGUUGUCGACUGGGACGCUCUCGCUGAUGAACUUCAACAUCCCGUCCUUGUGGGGCGGGAUAUGCUAGAGUUCGAUGAUGGCGAUGCUCACUCUGAUGAUUACGGGGUCAUUGAACUCCCAGACUCUCCCGCAGCAGGGUCUCCAGAUCCUCCUGACGAUGUCACCAACAACGACGAAACACCACGCUCCAGAAAGACUCGCAACCUUCAGCCUACAGUGGAGGACUACGUGGAAGGUGAAGACGAUGUCUUUUACUCGCCGGCCACCAUCCACACGUCCCCUCGUAGCUCGGUCGCUGGGGUGGACAUGGAUACACUUUCGACGUCCAUAGAUCUUCCAGAGAACACACAUGGACAGAAUCCAGAUGGCGCAACAGAAUAUGAUCCUCUGGCUGAUCCCAAGAGAAAGCCCCGGAGGGUUGACACGGAGAUGGUACUGAUGCAGGAACAAAAGAGCACUAUCCAAGAAGAGAUUCGAAAACUGAAGGAGGAAGCUGAGAUUCUCGAAGAGCAAAAGCGGAUCUGGGAAGCGGAGCAGAAAAGGCGAGAGGAGAUUCAGAAAUUCCGUGAGUUCUGCUCUGGUUUUCCCAAAGAGGCGGAAGAGGAUAUUCUGGCCGAAUGUUGGCGCAUUCCAUCCAGUAGCUUCAAGAAGCUCAGUUCCACCUACGCCGCCUCUUCAGAACGCAUUCCGCCGUGA